UUGAAAGUUGAAACUAUGCACCAGUGUUGUUCUUAGAAAACGCUUCACUCGCACUAGGGUUUUCAGUUCAUGCUCUGAUUCUUCUCAAUCUCACCCUCCACUCUCAUCACUCCCAUCACCAUCUCAUUCAUUCAAUCCUUUCUCAUUUUUCACAAUCUCAUCUCAUCCCGUUCCACCGCCUUCUUCCAUCUUCACUCUAUCUGCCAAUAGAGGCAGUUGAGGAUUGAGAGAAGAAGGAGAAUGGGAGAAGGGAGAGAUGGGGAUUGGGAUUGUAGCAGCUGCAACAACAGAAACUACGCAUUCAGAUCAUUCUGUAACCGUUGCAAGCAGCCACGGAUCCUUGUCGAUACCAAAACCCCUUCUGAUUCCAAGUGGCUACCUCGAAUUGGCGAUUGGAUCUGCACUGGCUGCACUAACAACAAUUAUGCAUCAAGAGAGAGGUGCAAGAAGUGCGGACAACCAAAGGAGAUAGCAGCUAUGCCAGCAAUUGCAAUGACCGGGGCAUCUUUCCCUGCUUAUCCAAAUUACUUCUCCAGGGCUCCUGGGGGACCAGAUCAAAAGUUGAAUAUUGGAUUGAUUGGCAAUGGUGCCGGUGCUCCACCUCAGUCACUCCACUUAGGUUCCAAUUGGUCGAUGUUAGGAUCAGAUAAGUAUGGUGUCCAACCACUUCCCCUAUGGCUGCUUGGUGCAAAUUAUAGCUCUGGACUUCCCAUUGAAAAUUCCAACAGUCAAAACCUAUCUGUACCAAAGGGGUGGCGGAAUGGGGAUUGGAUCUGUAAUUGUGGCUUCCAUAAUUACUCUUCACGCUCGCAGUGUAAAAAAUGCGACGCUUUUCCACCUGCACUUGGGACAAAACGGUUAGCUUCUGAAGAAUUGGUUGAUGACUGGGACAAGAAGAGAUUGAACGUGGGACCUACUAAUGACCAAGUAGUAGGGACAAGUGGAGAUCCAAAACCUGGAGUGCUCCCGUCAUUUCCUAGCAUAAACUCAAGCAUAGCUUCAACGUUGCCAAUACCGACUCUAUUUCCACCUCAAGUUUCUACACCUGCACUCCUUGGAAAAGGAGCAAAGCAAUGGCGUAGUGGAGAUUGGAUGUGCACAAAUUGCAACAACCAUAAUUAUGCUUCCAGAUUACAGUGUAACAGGUGUAAAACUCAGAGAGUUUCACCCGCGCAACCCAGCAAUGCAUUGUAAUAUUGAUUUCAUUUCUUAAUUAUUGUUGCUUGCAUUAAUUAUAAGGAAUUUUGUCUUGAUUUUCUAGUGUGUAUUUUUGUGAGCAAAAGGAUGAUAUUCCAUAAUACCGUUUAUAUUUGCACAAGAGAUGAAUGGUUGGUGGCAUUGUAUCUUUCAAGUUUUUUAUUAAAAGAAUUGGAUUAGUUUUGACUUUUGA